CAUUUGUUCUUCACAGCUGGUGUUUCAGAUUUUCCCUUUCAGAUUAGUUUAUUCGUUUCUGUUCAGACGAAGAAAACCAUUAAUGGGGGUGAUCAAGCAAAAUGUUGAUGGAGAAGAGCUGAGGAAGAGGAACGAAGAGCUCGAGAGCGAGCUCAAGAAGAGUCUGGAAAGGGAGGAAAAGAUGAGAGCUGAGUUGCAGAAAGCCUGGCAUCGUCUUCGGAUCGCCGAGGAAGCAGAGGAACGGCUCUGUUCUCAGCUCGGUGAGCUCGAAGCCGAAUCCGUCGAUCAGGCUCGUUCUUACCAUGGACGAAUCGUCACCCUUAUGGACCAGCUCUCACAGGCUCAACAACUCCUUCAGGCUUCUUCGCCGAUUUCCAAGACUAAUUCCUCCAAUAAAUUGCGGUUGCGAUCAUGAUCAUGAUCCACCUGAAUAGAUGAAUCUUAGCCUUUCUUUUGGGUUUGGACUUCGAUUAUUGGAAAUUCGGUUUUCCGGUUCUCUGCUUCCUCUGUAUGAUUCAAAUUGUUGGUAAAUCUGUGUGAUCAGAAUCUGUAAUUUUACUCUUUUAGGUUUGAAAUUGGGACGAGUAGUGCAUUUGAUCUUCGUUGUAAUUGUCUGUAUAAUAUGGUCUGUUUUCUAUUCUGAAAUAUACCUUCUUUUUUUUUUUU